UGCAAUUGCGGUCAACUCCACCGGGCUUAACCUGGCUGCGCGAGGGCCGAAGUUUGAGGAUUUCUUGGGUGGUUACUCUGAGAACUCCGGCGAGGAGAGCCACCGCCGGCAACACCAAUCAAUUCCCUACUUUUAUGAUGUGCAUUGUUCCCACAGUUCCGGCGGCCCUGGAAUCAAUGUUAACAUGCCUCCUUCCUUCGCCCUCGGUGACGGAGUCCUGACCAAGGACAAUGUCGAAGCCCCUUAUCACUAUACUGGAUCUUUCGACCACCACCAUCGACAUCCUAAUCAAUCUUUCCGUGAUCCUAAUGCCCUCUGGCCAGCAUUCCUCGGACCCGAUGCUAACCAAAGCUUCACUGCCAAUGCCAUGCCGGAAAAUAAGCCACCGGCCAAGGAAAAUGAGUCCCAAUCGCUAACCCUUUCGAUGAGCCGCGGUUUGCAGAUGGAUUUCAAUGAAAUUGUUCCAGCCUCAGCUUACCCCUCUGAGCCUGUCACUGAUCCCAAAUUCCUGAAUGGAAAAUCGACAAUUCGCGAACGGGUUCCUCGCAAGUCCGUUGAGACUUUCGGGCAAAGAACCUCACAGUAUAGGGGAGUGACAAGGCAUCGAUGGACCGGACGAUAUGAAGCCCACCUGUGGGACAACAGCUGUAGAAAGGAAGGCCAAACAAGAAAAGGAAGGCAAGUUUAUUUAGGAGGUUACGACAAAGAAGAAAAGGCGGCAAGGGCAUAUGAUUUGGCUGCACUCAAGUACUGGGGAUCAACAACUCAUACAAAUUUCCCUCUAAGGACCUAUGAGAAGGAGCUGGAGGCGAUGAAGAACAUGACUAGACAAGAGUUUGUAGCCAAUUUGCGUAGGAAGAGCAGUGGGUUCUCUAGAGGGGCAUCUGCGUACCGAGGGGUGACGAGGCACCACCAGCAUGGGAGAUGGCAAGCUAGAAUUGGCAGAGUGGCUGGCAACAAGGACUUGUACCUUGGCACUUUCAGCACACAGGAGGAAGCUGCGGAAGCCUAUGACAUUGCAGCCAUCAAGUUCCGAGGGCUGAAUGCAGUGACAAACUUCGACAUUACUAGGUACGACGUGAAGCGCAUUUGCUCAAGCUCACACCUACUUAGCGGGGAGCUUGCCAAAAGAUCACCAAAAGAAACAACCCCGGCAUCGUCUGAUGAUGCAUUUGAUGUGCCAUUGAAUUCAAAGACCGACGAUGUGUCGAACAACUAUCCUAACUCUUCAGGUGCCGAGGUGGAGAGUUUUAGACACUCUGUCUCUUGGCAUAACAUGUAUGGGGAUUGCUCUAGUGGAAUCUUCUACCCUGCGGCCGCGGCGAAGUGGACUGUGGCGGCGACCGUGCAGCCUACCGGUACGAUGGCUUCCAAUCAGCCUCCAGUGUUUGCCCUGUGGAAUGAUUGAGGAAUCAAUCACAAGCGGGAUUCAGAUUGUUAAGGUGAGCUGUGUUAGUCUCUUGGUGAUAGUUACACAAAGCUUCAGUCAAAUUUUGAGUUACUU